CUCCUGCCGGUUAAUUCACUUUCCUUACAAGGCCCCAGCAAGAAGAUUUCCUCCCUCUCAGAAAGAGCGCAGCGAGGGCUGACAGCAGCAACGCUCUGUGUAGGCUGAAAGGAGAGCGGCUCUUGGAGGAGUCAGAUGCCUUGUCGCUCCACCAGAGAGCGAAGGAUGGGAGCUGCGAAUCCCUGUAGUCCCUGUGCAACCUAGGCCGGGGGGAAGGGGGCAUGCUCCUCCACGAGCGGCGGGCAAAUCGUAGGAAGUCGGCUGCAGAUACUUGUGGGGCGAAAAUGCAUUGGAAAGGAAGUUCAGAAGCAUCUGUGUGGCAUGGGCUGCCUUGAAUCUGGGUCAUAGUGAACCCCUCUCCUAAGCAACAACUGCAGAUUCCUCUCAAGUCAAACUCCUGAUGACUGCUUGACCCCACAUGCUUGGGUCUAGCUGAUGAAGAUGGAGGUUCUACGCCGCUCUUCUGUCUUUGCUGCAGAGGUGAUGGAAGUGUUUGAUCGGACUCCCACAGACAAGGAGCUUGUGUCUCAGGCCAAGGUGCUCUGCAGAGACUACAUCCAGUCCCGGCUAAUUCGAGUUGGGAUUGGCUGGAACAAGCCUGAAUACAGUGCACCGGCACUGGGUGGCAAGUUAGCAGAGGUUUCCCACAUACUUCUGAGACUAGGUGACGAGCUGGAGUACAUUCGGCCAAACCUUUACCGGAACAUUGCACGGCAGCUAAACAUUUCGCUUCACUCUGAAACCGUGGUGACUGAUGCCUUUCUGGCAGUGGCAACUCAGAUCUUCUCUUCAGGCAUCACAUGGGGUAAGGUAGUGUCGCUCUAUGCGGUGGCUGCUGGCCUGGCUGUGGACUGUGUGAGGCAUGCCCAGCCAGCCAUGGUUCACACCAUUGUGGAUUGCUUGGGAGAGUUUGUCCGCAAGACCUUGGUGACGUGGCUUAAGCGGAGAGGAGGCUGGACUGACAUUACAAAAUGUGUGGUGAAUACUGACCCCAAUCUCCGGUCUCAUUGGCUUGUGGCUGCCAUCUGCAGUUUUGGCCACUUCCUGAAGGCCAUCUUCUUUGUACUCUUACCAGAAAGAUGACAUCUAGCUGCCCAGUGAAGCCCCAUCUCCUUCUUGUGGACACACAAGGGGACAAAAUAAAAGGAGGAAGAGGGCUGGGCAAAUAUACCUUCCACUCUUCUGGCUUUCCAAGCUGCCUAACUGCAAAUAUAUAUAUUUUUCUUUCAGCAACAGAAAACCUUUUUCCAGGUCACUUUUUGAAGUUCCAGUUUCACUUUCUAAGUGGCUAAGAUCAUGUUCACAAAUUUGGGAGACUGGUGUGUUGGGUAAUCAGUUAUUUAUUUUUGUUUUUCUCUCCUUCAAAUUUGUGUCACAUUUCUAGUUGGAGCUGCUAUCGAGAAGGGAAUUGUGCUCUUCAUUUCUGAAAUGGCAACUACAGUACUUAGUGAUUUGUCUUUCAGUUAGGCAGUAGAUUCCUCCAGCCUUCCCUAAACACUGCAUCCUUGAGCUCUUGGUUAUUGUUGCUGUUAAAUGGACCAGGUUUCUAUAGCAGACUGAAAUGUAGUUAUCUUUUAAAGCUAGUCACCACAGCUAUGCCUAAGAAAACCAGACAGGGAUUGUGUACUAUGGCUAGCAGAGCUACAGUUUAUUACUUACAUAAGGGAUUAGGAUUGAAGAAGAUAGAUCCAGAAUCCAAUUAAAAUGCUAUGUUCUAUUUAGUGGAACAAAACAGAGUCCAGACUCACGAAACCGCAGCAACAUUUUGAGCCUUCCAACAUAAGGCCUCUUCCAGGAGCAUGAGGAAGCUUGAGAUCUUCACAUAUAAGAUUAGAGACCUUCACUGCAUAUUAUGAGGAAUGUGGGUAGGGGAAAUGGCACAGAUGCCUUGUAGCCACUGCAGUGUAUUUCUCAUGUGCAAUGUGUGACUUUUGUUUCUGUAAACAAAAUAAAUAAAUGCUGAUUGGAA